GAAGAUUCACCAUAUUUUCUUUUUACAACGAUGAGCUUAAAAGCUUGCUCACACAUUCUCCACGAACUGGUUGCGAUUUAACCGAAAGAUAUUAUCACGAGAAACUAUUUAACUAUAUAAAGAAUUCUAGAAUAAAAUUAAGCUUGGGCAAAUUUAAGACUUUACCUGAUAGAGCACGGCUUAUGGAAUGGAUUGCCUUUAAUGUAGCACAAACUUUACAAAUCCAAAAGGAUGUAACUUACGCGUACGUAGUAGAAUCUUUGGAUAAUAUUGCACGAGAGGUACAAAAUUAUCUGAAACAAAAACAUCCAGAUCAUUCGAUAUUUUCGACGUCCGCUGAAUUUUUUUCUUAUUGGAAAAACAAUAAUAUAGACGAUAAUCACUGGAACGAAGCGGAAGGAAUUCAGAUUAUCGAUGCAUUAGACGAAUACAUAUUUCGCAAAUUAAAAUUUCGGCCGUGCGAAAUAAACGAUACAAUUCUGGAAUUCAUGUGUAUAGAGAUAAUAUAUGGACAAGAAGUGAUUAUAUUAAUAAUAUAUCACAGCGUGGCAAGAAGACUUGGUCUACGUUCCGACAUUGUGGCAUUCGGUGAACGAUUAGAACUAUCUUACUGUAUACAUUGGAAAUCCAGAUAUGGCACGAUUAAUCCAGCAAAUGAAAGAUGUUUUAGUGUAAUGUUUAACAAAUUCCCGGAUUGUCGUGUCAAUAAAUCAGCGUAUCAGAAGAGGUUGCAAAAUUUAUAUCGUAAUGAUUUUUUACCGUGCAACAGAUUAGGUCGAAUAUCACCAUGUGAACUGCGAGACAGGAUACUGCUAAGAUUUGCGGAUUUGACAUACCAUUAUAACAACAUUUCUCAGAUUAAGGAGCGUAAAAAAAUUUAUUUAUUUAAAACAAGUAGCUUUGAAGUAUGUAUGCACUAUACACACAGCAUUAAUUAA